CGCAGCUGAACGGCCGCCCCCGGGCGGGGGGAUCCGCUCGCUCUUCGCAUGUCCGCGGCGCCCGGGAAGUCGGAUGUGUACGGCCUUCCUCCCCCUCCUCCUCUCCUCCAUGGCCGUCGUGCUCCGGCUUCUCGGCCUCUCCGGGAGCGCUCCGAGCCCGGCGGGCAGCAGCGCCAGCACCGCACGUCGCGAUCGCCGUAGCGAGGCACGGCACGGCUCGUCCCAGUGACCGCGCCCCAGCCCGGCCAUGUACCCCCAGGGCCGGCACCCGGCUCCGCACCAGCCGGGCCAACCGGGCUUCAAAUUCACCGUGGCCGAGUCCUGCGACCGGAUCAAGGACGAGUUCCAGUUCCUGCAGGCCCAGUACCACAGCCUCAAAGUGGAGUAUGACAAGCUGGCGAACGAGAAGACCGAAAUGCAGCGCCAUUACGUUAUGUACUACGAAAUGUCCUACGGUUUGAACAUUGAAAUGCACAAACAGACAGAAAUUGCUAAAAGACUGAAUACAAUUUUAGCCCAGAUCAUGCCUUUUCUGUCACAAGAGCACCAACAGCAAGUGGCACAGGCUGUUGAACGUGCCAAGCAAGUGACAAUGACGGAGUUGAAUGCUAUCAUCGGGGUACGUGGACUUCCCAAUCUGCCUCUCACCCAGCAGCAGCUCCAGGCCCAGCACCUCUCCCACGCCGCCCACGGGCCCCCGGUCCAGCUGCCGCCGCAUCCCUCGGGGCUCCAACCGCCGGGAAUUCCGCCGGUCACCGGCACCAGCUCAGGGCUGCUGGCCCUCGGAGCCCUGGGCAGCCAGGCCCACCUUGCUGUCAAGGAUGAGAAGAACCACCAUGACCUGGACCACAGAGAGCGAGACUCAAGUGCAAAUAAUUCCGUGUCGCCCUCGGAGAGCCUGAGAGCCAGCGAGAAGCACCGGAGCUCCACGGAUUACAGCAUCGACUCCAAGAAGCGGAAAGCGGAGGAGAAGGACAGCAUGAGCCGAUAUGACAGCGAUGGUGACAAGAGCGAUGACCUGGUCGUCGACGUCUCCAACGAGGAUCCCGCCACCCCCCGGGUCAGCCCGGCCCACUCGCCCCCGGAGAACGGCCUGGACAAAGCCCGUGGGCUGAAGAAGGGGGACGCUCCCAACAGCCCGGCCUCGGUCGCCUCCUCCAGCAGCACUCCCUCCUCCAAGACUAAAGACCUGGGCCACAACGACAAGUCGUCGACGCCCGGGCUCAAGUCGAACACUCCGACGCCGCGGAACGACGCGCCCACCCCGGGCACCAGCAGCACCCCGGGGCUGCGGCCCAUGCCCGGCAAACCCACCGGCAUGGACCCCCUGGCCUCGGCCCUGCGCACGCCCAUCUCCAUCGCGGGCUCCUACGCCGCCCCCUUCGCCAUGAUGGGGCACCACGAGAUGAACGGGUCCCUCACCAGCCCCGGCGCCUACGCGGGGCUGCACAACCUCCCCCCGCAGAUGAGCGCGGCCGCCGCCGCCGCCGCCGCCUACGGCCGGUCACCAAUGGUGAGCUUUGGAGCUGUUGGUUUUGACCCACACCCACCCAUGCGAGCCCCUGGCCUGCCCUCCAGCCUGGCCUCCAUCCCCGGGGGGAAACCAGCCUACUCGUUCCACGUGAGCGCCGACGGGCAGAUGCAGCCGGUGCCGUUCCCGCACGACGCGCUGGCGGGGCCCGGCAUCCCCCGGCACGCGCGGCAGAUCAACACGCUGAGCCACGGCGAGGUGGUGUGCGCCGUCACCAUCAGCAACCCCACCCGGCACGUCUACACCGGCGGCAAGGGCUGCGUCAAGAUCUGGGACAUCAGCCAGCCCGGCAGCAAGAGCCCCAUCUCCCAGCUCGACUGCCUGAACAGGGAUAACUACAUCCGCUCCUGCAAGCUGCUCCCGGACGGCCGCACGCUGAUCGUGGGGGGCGAGGCCAGCACGCUGACCAUCUGGGACCUGGCGUCGCCCACGCCCCGCAUCAAGGCCGAGCUCACCUCCUCGGCCCCCGCCUGCUACGCCCUGGCCAUCAGCCCCGACGCCAAAGUCUGCUUCUCCUGCUGCAGCGACGGCAACAUCGCCGUGUGGGACCUGCACAACCAGACCCUCGUCAGGCAAUUCCAAGGCCACACAGACGGUGCCAGCUGCAUAGACAUCUCCCACGAUGGUACGAAGUUGUGGACGGGGGGCCUGGACAACACGGUGCGUUCCUGGGACCUGCGGGAAGGGCGGCAGCUCCAGCAGCACGACUUCACCUCCCAGAUCUUCUCCCUGGGGUACUGCCCGACGGGCGAGUGGCUGGCAGUGGGCAUGGAGAGCAGCAACGUGGAGGUGCUGCACCACACCAAGCCCGACAAGUACCAGCUGCACCUCCACGAGAGCUGCGUCCUCUCCCUCAAGUUUGCCUACUGCGGGAAAUGGUUUGUGAGCACUGGGAAAGACAACCUGCUCAACGCCUGGAGGACGCCCUACGGAGCGAGCAUCUUCCAGUCCAAGGAAUCCUCGUCCGUCUUAAGUUGUGACAUUUCAGCGGACGACAAGUACAUCGUCACGGGCUCUGGUGACAAGAAGGCCACAGUCUACGAGGUCAUCUACUGAGCGUGGAGUUUCUGGGAGGGCUGGCAGCUCCCGGCCCCGCAGGACUCGGGAAGCAGCGGGGGAUGUCACGGGGUGGCCCAGGGACCGUGCCCGCUCCGAGGGGGCUCUGCCCGGCGUCCGCCACACACGGAUUUAUUUGGAGAUCUGCGACUCUGGCACACGUUGGAGCCCUUAAACGGAUGUUUCUUUGGUUUUUAGGGUCGUGGGGUUUCUUUUGAUUUUUUUUUUUUUAAAUUUUUUUUUUGUUUUUUUUUUUUGGUUUCCCAGUUCUUUCCGUCUGCGCUUUUGGUGGCACUAUAAAGGACUCCUUUUUUUUAUCGUGACUUUUUUGUUUUGUUUUGUUUUGUGCAGCCUUGCAUAAGACUUGUGAAAAGUGUAAAUACCGGACUAGUAAAUAGCGUUGAAGGGGGGGGUCCCUCCCGGUACACUAGUUGUGUAUUUUUCGUCUGCUGUAAUUGUAUUCCACUGAUGGUUUUGGUGGUGGCAAUUUUAUUAUGGGUUUUUUUGGUGGUGUUUUGGUUUUUUUUUUUUAUUUUUUUUUUUUUGUUUGUUUUUUUUUUUUUUUUUUACUCCUUCCCUCCCUGCCCCCUCUGGAAGUGUCCGUGGGGAUGUGACUGUGCCGUGCAGGCUGAGAGGAGCUGUCCAGUGGUGCAAAGUUGUCCCUCCUGCUGUCCCCGUGCGUCGUUGGGUGUGUUUAGUGACAGUGGGACGCCGCUGGAAUCCCGGGAGCGCUCGGAGAUCCUCAGCUGCUGACAGGACAUCAACACAAGUCACCUGGUUGGGUUUGGGGUUUUUUUGGGGGGUUGUUUUUUUUUUUUUUGGUUUGUUGUUUUUUGGGUUUUUUUUUUUUUAUAUAUAUGGAUUUAUCCUUAUUUUUUUCCGUGCUUGGAUGUUUGAAGCAAAAGGGGAAGCCCACGCUGCGGGACCGUCUGCGCAAAGCCCUUCUUGGUCUUCGGACAGAAGCAAUGAGGAGUGAUUUCAAAGAAAGCUUAGAAAAUUCAGCUCAGGGAGCCACGAAAGAUAAAGCAACUUAUGUGUUUUGUAUUCAAAUGAAAGUAAAGAAUUAGAAUUGAUAACCUUUAAAGAAAAAAAAAAAAGAAAAAAAUACAGAUUUUUUUUUUUUGUUUCUUUUUUUUUUUUGUUUUGGUUUUUUUUGGGGUUUUUUUUUUGUUUUGUUUUUUUUUUAAGAAGCAAAAAGUUUACUAACAAGUAGGGUUUGUGUGUGGUGGGGGGGCCGGGGCUGGUUGUGGUCCUGUGGGCUUUAUGGUCUUGUGUCUUCUGGUCUUUUGGAGCAAUCCCCUCCCCCCACAGGCCUGUGUCAGCCUUUUGUACUAAAGGGUUAAAAAAAGGACAGAAAAAAAAAAAAAGGACAAAAAACAACAAAAAAAAGACCUAACGGGCAAAUAAAAGUAUUUGUGUAGCAGAAGUGCUCACCCUGUAUUGUAGCAUAUGGAAGAGGAUUUUUAUACGACAUUUUUAUGGAUUAUUUUUUGCGAUUUGAAUCUGGUCCAAAAUUAAUAAUGGUUAGGGUUAUGGGGAGAAUGGUUUGGAGAGGGGGGAGAGGAGGAUGGAGAGUUGGUACCUGGCAUUGCAUCCCUCUGAGGAGCCUCUCUCCCAGCCCUGCAGCUGCUCCACGUGUGGACAGUUGAGCUGGGGUUGGAAGGAGGAGAGAUCUCAUGGGAAAUCAUUGUUUUUCCCAUCAAAAUAAGAGGUUUUUGAGAUUUUUAGCCCUUUUCAAAGUAAAAAUAAGGGAAGGACCCAGGCACAGGGUGUGUGUGGUGUGUGGGAUCAGUUUUGGGCGCUGAUGAUCCAGCAAAGGAAAAAUCAAGUUCUUUAAAGCUGCGUUUAGGGCGAGUGAUUUUAGGGUGGUUUGGCUCAGAUUAAUGACUCUGAAGGUGCCCCCGGUGCCAACAGGAGGGGUUCAGUGGUGCCCCAGGUGUGUUUUGGGGCUCAGGUUGAUCCUGGGGCUGGUUGGGAUCUGUGGGGGUGGCUCUGUCCAUUCCCCUGUGCCCCCAGACCUGGGCACAGCAUCCCCUCUCCGUGGCCUUCGGGGCAUCCCCGUCUGCACAGAUGGGAUGUGUUGGAAAGGCUUGGGGGGCUCUGACCUGCUCCCAGGGCAAAACCCUCCAGCAGUGGGGUCACCCCCAGCUUUGUGUCCCCCCGAGUCACUGGUUUGCAGGUUGGUGCUUGGUUUUCCUCCCCGAAAUAACGAGAAUAAAAUCCAGGAACUGCAUGUACCGGAGCUGGCCGAGCGUUCCGGAGUCAGGCUCUCAACUUUACACCAAAGUAUGUAGCAGAAUCUGUACAGCUGUUAAUAACUACCACUGGUUUUUGUAAAAAAGGGCGAAAAAGAGAAAAAAAAAAAA